GAUGAAGAACGUGAUCCACUGCUUCAUAGUUUCAGUCAUUUAAAGGAGGUUUUAAACAAUAUAACUGAACUCUCAGAAAUUGAGCCCAAUGUGUUCCUUAGGCCAUUUCUGGAAGUCAUUCGCUCUGAAGAUACCACUGGUCCCAUCACUGGACUGGCACUUACCUCUGUUAACAAGUUCCUCUCCUAUGCCCUGAUAGAUCCCACUCAUGAAGGCACAGCAGAGGGCAUGGAAAACGUGGCAGAUGCUGUCACCCAUGCCCGUUUUGUAGGCACGGAUCCUGCUAGCGAUGAGGUUGUCCUGAUGAAAAUCCUUCAGGUCUUACGGACUCUAUUGCUAACCCCAGUGGGUGCCCACCUAACCAAUGAAUCUGUGUGUGAAAUUAUGCAGUCUUGCUUCCGGAUCUGCUUUGAAAUGAGGCUCAGUGAGUUAUUGAGAAAAUCCGCAGAGCACACUCUCGUAGACAUGGUGCAGCUGCUCUUCACAAGGUUACCUCAUUUUAAAGAAGAACCCAAGAACUAUGUGGGGACCAACAUGAAGAAGCUGAAAAUGAGAGCAGGAGGCAUGAGUGAUUCAUCCAAGUGGAAGAAACAGAAGCGAUCUCCUCGGCCCCCACGCCAUAUGACCAAAGUCACAACAAGUUCAGAGCUACCUACUCCCAGUGGAACCACCUUAUCCUCUAACCUCACUGGUGGCAUGCCCUUCAUUGAUGUGCCCACUCCCAUCUCCUCUGCAAGUUCAGAAGCUGCCUCAGCAGUAGUCAGCCCCUCUACAGACAGCGGCCUAGAAUUCUCCUCCCAGACCACCUCUAAAGAAGAUCUUACUGACCUGGAGCAACCUUGCUCUUUAGGGUACAGUACAGCUACCGAGCCUGGGAGCAGUGAACUAGGAGUUCCUGAGCAGCUUGAUCCCCAGGAAGGGGCCCAUGUGGAAAAGACCCAGUCAGCAUCCGUGGAAUCUAUUCCUGAGGUAUUAGAGGAGUGCACGUCCCCUGCUGACCACUCUGACUCUGCCUCUGUCCAUGACAUGGACUACGUCAAUCCCCGGGGUGUGCGCUUUACACAGUCCUCGCAGAAAGAAGGCACAGCUUUGGUCCCCUAUGGUCUUCCCUGCAUCCGCGAGCUCUUCCGCUUCCUCAUCUCCCUCACCAAUCCACAUGACCGCCACAACUCUGAGGUUAUGAUCCACAUGGGACUGCAUUUACUGACAGUGGCUCUUGAGUCAGCCCCUAUAGCCCAGUGCCAGAUCCUCUUGGGCCUCAUCAAGGAUGAGAUGUGCCGCCAUUUAUUCCAGCUACUCAGUGUGGAGCGACUGAACCUUUAUGCUGCUUCUCUGCGAGUAUGCUUCCUAUUAUUUGAGAGCAUGCGGGAGCACCUCAAAUUCCAAAUGGAGAUGUACAUCAAAAAGCUCAUGGAAAUCAUCACUGUGGAGAACCCCAAGAUGCCUUAUGAGAUGAAAGAGAUGGCACUAGAGGCCAUUGUGCAACUCUGGCACAUCCCCAGCUUUGUCACUGAGCUCUACAUCAACUAUGAUUGUGACUACUACUGUUCCAACCUCUUUGAGGACCUCACCAAGCUGCUGUCCAAGAAUGCCUUUCCUGUGUCUGGUCAGCUCUAUACAACACACCUACUGUCUCUUGAUGCCCUAUUGACAGUGAUUGACAGCACUGAGGCCCACUGCCAGGCCAAAGUCCUGAACAACCUCACACAGCAAGAGAAGAAAGAGACAGCCAGACCCAGCUAUGAGACAGUAGAUGGUGCCCGAGAAGCUAGCAAUACUGAGAGAGCAGCCAACGAUGGGAAAGCUGUAGGCAUAGCCCCAGACAUCCCAGGCCUGCAUCUGCCAGGUGGAGGGCGACUGCUGCCAGAACAUGGGAAGCCAGGAGGAUGCAGUGAUCUAGAAGAAGCUGGUGACUCUGGGGCUGACAAAAAGUUUACCCGGAAGCCACCUCGAUUUUCUUGUCUCCUGCCAGAUCCACGGGAACUAAUUGAAAUUAAAAAUAAAAAGAAGCUGCUAAUCACAGGCACAGAGCAGUUCAACCAGAAACCAAAGAAGGGGAUCCAAUUUCUGCAAGAGAAAGGCCUCCUCACCAUCCCAAUGGACAACACAGAGGUAGCCCAGUGGCUUCGAGAGAACCCUCGGCUGGACAAGAAAAUGAUUGGAGAGUUUGUGAGUGACCGCAAAAACAUUGACCUAUUGGAGAGCUUUGUAAGCACCUUCAGUUUUCAGGGUCUGCGGCUGGAUGAAGCUCUUCGCCUCUACUUGGAAGCCUUCCGUUUGCCUGGGGAAGCACCAGUCAUCCAGAGGUUGCUGGAGGCAUUCACAGAGCAUUGGAGGAAUUGUAAUGGCUACCCAUUUGCCAAUAGCGAUGCCUGCUUUGCCCUGGCCUAUGCUGUCAUCAUGCUUAAUACUGACCAGCACAACCACAAUGUUCGAAAACAGAAUGCACCCAUGACCCUGGAGGAGUUUCGAAAAAACCUAAAAGGUGUGAAUGGAGGCAAGGACUUUGAGCAAGACAUCCUGGAGGACAUGUACCAUGCCAUAAAGAAUGAGGAAAUUGUGAUGCCUGAGGAGCAGACAGGCUUGGUUCGGGAGAACUACGUGUGGAAUGUGCUGCUUCAUCGAGGUGCCACUCCUGAGGGCAUAUUCCUGCGUGUGCCUACUGGCAGUUAUGAUCUUGACCUCUUCACCAUGACCUGGGGACCCACUAUUGCUGCUCUCUCUUAUGUCUUUGACAAAAGCCUUGAGGAGACAAUCAUCCAAAAAGCCAUCUCAGGCUUCAGGAAGUGCGCCAUGAUCUCCGCCCACUAUGGCCUCAGUGAUGUGUUUGACAAUCUCAUCAUCUCUCUGUGCAAAUUCACAGCUCUCAGCAGUGAGUCUAUUGAGAACCUUCCCAGUGUAUUUGGAAGCAACCCUAAAGCCCACAUUGCAGCCAAGACAGUAUUCCAUUUGGCCCAUCGUCAUGGUGACAUCCUUCGAGAGGGCUGGAAAAAUAUCAUGGAGGCCAUGCUGCAGCUCUUCCGAGCCCAACUGUUGCCCAAGGCUAUGGUAGAGGUAGAAGAUUUUGUGGAUCCCAAUGGCAAGAUCUCUCUACAGCGAGAAGAGACUCCAUCAAACAGAGGAGAGUCAACAGUUCUGAGCUUCGUGAGCUGGCUGACACUGAGUGGUCCUGAACAGUCUAGUGUGCGGGGCCCAUCCACUGAGAACCAGGAGGCCAAGAGAGUGGCCUUAGAUUGUAUCAAGCAAUGUGACCCAGAAAAAAUGAUCACAGAGAGCAAGUUCCUCCAACUGGAGUCACUGCAGGAGCUCAUGAAGGCUCUGGUCUCAGUGACACCAGAUGAAGAGACAUAUGAUGAGGAAGAUGCUGCUUUCUGCCUAGAAAUGCUGCUAAGGAUUGUGUUGGAAAACAGGGACCGUGUGGGCUGUGUAUGGCAGACCGUUCGAGACCAUCUAUACCACCUCUGUGUCCAGGCACAAGAUUUCUGCUUCCUCGUGGAGCGAGCAGUGGUGGGGCUGCUACGCCUAGCCAUUCGACUACUCCGGAGAGAAGAGAUCAGUGGCCAGGUACUGCUCUCCCUUCGCAUUUUGCUACUGAUGAAGCCCAGCGUGCUGUCCCGAGUCAGCCACCAGGUUGCAUAUGGGCUCCAUGAACUUCUUAAAACAAAUGCUGCAAACAUCCACUCAGGCGAUGAUUGGGCCACACUCUUCACGCUGUUAGAGUGCAUCGGCUCAGGUGUGAAGCCUCCAGCUGCUCUGCAGGCCACAGCCAGGGCCGAUGCACCUGAUGCUGGGGCCCAGUCAGACAGUGAGCUCCCAUCCUACCAUCAAAAUGAUGUGAGCCUGGACCGAGGGUAUACUUCAGACUCAGAGGUUUACACUGACCAUGGCAGGCCUGGCAAGAUACACCGAUCAGCCACAGAUGCUGAUGUGGUCAACAGUGGUUGGUUAGUGGUGGGAAAGGAUGAUAUUGAUAACUCCAAGCCAGGGCCAGGGCCCAGCCGGCCAGGCCCUUCACCCCUGAUCAAUCAGUAUAGCCUAACAGUGGGACUGGACCUGGGGCCACACGACACCAAGUCCUUGCUCAAGUGUGUGGAAUCACUAUCCUUCAUCGUGCGAGAUGCUGCCCACAUCACACCUGACAACUUUGAGCUCUGCGUCAAGACUCUCCGCAUCUUUGUAGAGGCCAGUCUGAAUGGCGGGUGCAAGUCCCAGGAGAAACGUGGCAAGGGUCACAAAUAUGAUAGCAAAGGGAAUCGCUUCAAGAAGAAAUCCAAGGAGGGCUCAAUGCUUCGGCGGCCUCGAACCUCCAGCCAACAUACCACUCGGGGAGGCCAUAGUGAUGAUGAUGAAGAUGAAAGCGUGCCUGCCAGUUAUCAUACGGUGUCUUUACAGGUCAGUCAGGACGUAAUAUAUGUGCACAGUACAAAGUUCAAAAGGUACAAAAGGGUAAAACUGAUAAAAUUGCUAGACUUGAUGCACACCCUGCACACGCGGGCGGCCUCUAUCUACAGCUCAUGGGCAGAAGAGCAGCGCCAUCUGGACACAGAUGGCCGGAGGAUCGAAGCAGAUUCACGCACCCUCUGGGCUCACUGCUGGUGCCCAUUACUGCAGGGCAUUGCCUGCUUAUGCUGUGAUGCCCGGCGCCAGGUACGGAUGCAGGCUUUGACCUAUCUGCAGCGGGCACUGCUGGUACACGACCUGCAAAAGCUAGAUGCCUUGGAAUGGGAGUCCUGCUUUAACAAGGUGCUAUUUCCUCUGCUGACCAAGCUCUUGGAGAACAUUAGCCCUGCAGAUGUGGGCGGGAUGGAGGAGACCCGUAUGAGGGCCUCCACACUGCUCUCUAAGGUCUUCCUACAGCACCUGUCUCCACUGCUGUCACUCUCUACUUUUGCGGCCCUCUGGCUCACCAUCUUGGACUUCAUGGACAAGUACAUGCAUGCAGGCUCCAGUGACUUACUGUCAGAGGCCAUCCCUGAAUCUCUGAAGAACAUGCUCCUAGUGAUGGACACAGCAGAGAUUUUCCACAGUGCAGAUGCACGAGGAGGUAGCCCCUCAGCCCUCUGGGAGAUCACCUGGGAACGCAUUGACUGUUUUCUGCCCCACCUAAGAGAUGAGCUCUUCAAGCAGACUGUCAUCCAGGACCCCAUGCCUAUGGAGCCUCACAGCCAAAAACCUAUGGCCUCACCCCAACUGACUGCUGCUGCUGGCGACACCAGGACAACAGGCCAUCCACCUCCUCCAGAGACACCUUCUGAACUAGGAGCCUGUGACUUUGAGAAGCCUGAGGGCCCCCGAGUAGCCAGCAGCAGCUCCCCAGGAUCACCAGUGGCCUCUAGCCCCAGCAGGCUGAGCCCCAGCCCAGAUGGGCCUCCACCCUUGGCUCAGCCCCCACUGAUCCUGCAACCCUUGGCCUCCCCACUGCAAGUGGGAGUUCCACCCAUGACUCUGCCCAUCAUCCUCAACCCUGCACUCAUUGAGGCCACCUCACCAGUGCCCCUCCUCGCCACACCACGCCCCACAGACCCCAUACCCACCUCUGAGGUCAACUAAGGCAGGUCCCUCAGAGAUCAGGACCAGUGCUUCCCACCAGGCUAACCUGGCCCCCCUCUGGCUGUCCUGGGGGCCACAGACUCUUCAGGCCUAGUCCAAGCUGCUGUCACUGCCACUUGGACAGGGGCCUGAAAAAGAGAACUUUGAUAGCCCCAGUGGAGAGAGCCCCACAAUCAGACUGUGGGACCUUCCUCUUCUGCUCGCCAUUCCUGGGGGUCCAGCCCCUGAGAGUGCACUCAGGUGUCACCUGCAGCUUCUGUCUCCAGCCUGGCAGUUCUGGGGAGGCAUCACUGUGCCAACCUUGCAGUGCCUGCCUAUGUGCCCCUCCUGCCCAUGUUCAGGCAUUGAAAGCCACACCCAACCACUCUGCACUUUGUUCCCCUCUCCUAUCCCACUCCCAUCAGCCCUGGGCCACCUCCUCCAGUUCUUCCUCUUUUACUAAUUAGUUGGUCAAUUUGGAGAGCUGACUGGCACCAUGGAGAGUGGGCAGGCAGGGCUGAAUGGGGGACUGCCCACAGGAGCAUGUACAUAUGGAAAAACAGGACAACAGUGGACUUUUUAUGAUAUAAUAAAUAUCUUAGUACAACAUCA